AAGGUGAUUUCAGUUACCACCGAGCAACUCAACUUAGCAGUGGGAUUCAAGCAGGAGCUCAAGAAGUUCCGUGUGGUGCUGAGCAUGGUAAGGGGCGUGCUGCAAGAUGCUGAGGAGAAGAAGGUGACGGGUCACUCUGAUCUGCAACCUUGGCUUCAGGAACUGGGAAAUAUAGUUGAUGAAGCUGACAAUGUGGUAGAUGAGAUUGCAUAUGAACAUCUAAGGUACAAGGUGGCUCAAAAACAAAUGUGGAAAAAGGUCAGCUAUUUCUUUACUCUUUCCAAUCCUUUAGCUUUUCGCCUUAAGAUAGCUAACAGGAUUAAGGAUUUGAAUUUAGAUCUAGCUAGCCUUAAUGAUUGGGCCACUGGACUAGGGCUUCAAUAUAGACUUGCAAACAAGUUUCCUGAACAGAUAGAAAUCCAACAGACAGAUUCUUCAAUUCGUGAUCCACCAAUAGGAAGAGAAAAGGAGGUCCCAGAAGUUGUCCAAUCAUUGAUUGACUCGAGUAAUGAUCAAUCUCUCCAUGUCGUAUCCAUAGUGGGUAUGGGAGGCAUAGGCAAAACUACUAUGGCCAAACUAGUGUGCAACAAUGAGCAGAUUCGACAUCGUUUUUUCAAAAUAGUAUGGGUUUGUGUUUCUAAAAAUUUUGAGGUGAAACAGAUUUUAGUAGAGAUGUGGAAAAAUGUUACUGAUGAUAACAAAGUGGAGCAUAUGAGUCAAGAUAGAUUAGUCGAAAAACUACGAGAAAAGAUGGAGGAAAAGGCCAAAGAAGAAAAGCUGAAGGAAGAGGCCAAAGAAGAAAAGCUGAAGGAAGAGGCCAGAAAAGAUGAGCCGAGGGGAAAGGCCAAAAAAGAAGAGCAUGAGGGAAAAAAGUAUCUCCUCAUAUUAGAUGAUGUAUGGGAUGAAGAUACCCAAAAAUUGGAAUCCCUAAGGAACUGUUUGUUGAGAAUAGCUGAAAAAGUUGGGGGUAGGAUUCUUGUCACAACUCGAAGUAAAAAUGUAGCUUCCUUAAUGGGAACACCUCCUGAUCACAUCCAUGAUCUCGGGAAGCUAAGAGAUGAGGAUUGUUGGUCCAUAAUCAAGCAAAGAGUAUCUGUUAGCUCAUCAUUCCCUUCACAAUGGGAGGAGAUUGGAUGGGACAUUGCUAGAAAAUGUCAAGGUGUAGCGUUAGUUGCAAAUGUUAUUGGGGGGUUUCUGUGCAAUAAUAGGAGCGAGGAUGCCUGGUUGUCAAUUAAAAACAAUAGUGAAGAAUGGGGUUCAAUACAAGAAGCUGGAGGAGUUUUGCGUGUGUUACAGUUGAGUUUUAAUCGCUUGCCAACAUCUGCUUUGAAACAAUGUUUUGCAUUUUGCUCUAUUUUCCCCAAAGACUUUGUCAUGGAAAAGGAGAUGUUAAUCCAGCUCUGGAUGGGUGAAGGAUAUCUUCAACCGUGUAGAAAAAGCUACAAGAAGAUGGAAGAUAUUGGAUAUCUUCAACCGUUUAGAAAAAGCUACAAGGAGAUGGAAGAUAUUGGUGGCAAGUAUUUCAAUGACUUGUUCUCAUACUCCUUAUUUCAAGAUGCAGUAAAAGACUCUUAUGGCAAUAUUAUUUCUUGCAAAAUGCAUGAUUUAAUACAUGAUCUAGCACAAUCUGUUUCAGAGUCUCAAACGUUGAUUUGGGAUCGUAGUAGUAGUAGUGCUACUCCUACAGACAUUCAGCAUUUGGAGGAUGGUAGUAGUGAUAUUCCUACAGACAUUCGGCAUUUGAAUCUCAUUUCUAAGGAGGGUAUGCCAAAAACAAAAAUAGAGGAACUGCGUACCUUGUUUUCAUGUGUUGAUGUUUCUCAAAACAAGCUUGAAAACUUUAUAAAGGUGCGAGUUCUUAGUUUCCGUGGUGCUAAUAUUGAUGAGUUACCAGCUUUUUUGGGAAAAAUGAAGCAUUUAAGGUUUUUGGAUGUUUCAGAAACUAAAAUCAAAGAACUUCCCAAAUUCAUCACUAAGCUCUAUCAUUUGCAGACAUUUAGAUUUAUGAAUUGUGGGGAAAUCAAGAGGCCUUUGAGAGGAAUAUGGGAUUUAGUCAAUUUGAGACACAUUUGUUUCAAUGAUGAAAAGCUUAUGCCACCAGGGAUUGGUAGACUAACUUGUUUGAAAACAUUACAACUAUUUGUUGUGGGCCAACAAAAGGGACAUCAAAUUGAAGAAUUAAGGUGUUUAAGCCAACUCAGGGGAAAAUUAGAGAUUCGUAAUUUGGAUAUGGUUAGAGACAAAGAAGAAGCCAUGGGAGCAAGACUUUCUAAAAAGGAUGCAAUUCAGGAGUUGCAAUUGGUGUUUGGUGAGGAAUCCAGUGGUAGUGAAGAUAGAUGCACACAAGAUGAAGACAUCUUGGAAGGCCUCCAACCUCAUUCAAAUUUGAAAGGCCUAACUAUUGAACGUUACUGUGGUAAAAGCUGUCCCUCAUGGAUGUUAGAAACAAAAAAUUUUCUCAAAAAGCUGAUGUUCAUGACCUUUUAUGAAUGUCCCUGGUUGGAAAGCAUUCCGUCACUUUCACUCAGCAAUGAGGCAAAGGUGGAAAUUACAAAUUGUAAGAAUUUGAAAAGCAUUGCAGGUUCAUCCCUUCAGAAACUCAUCAUUGAGAGCUGUGAAGAACUGGUUCGGGUAGAGGUUGGACCAGAUGCCAUGAAGUCUCUCAAAGAAGUACAUAUAGAGAAUUGUGGUAAAUUGGAAAAACUUCUGAUGAUUAGUAAAUUACAAUCCCUUGAGGUACUUGAACUUCAGCAAUGCACGGAAUUGACGAUGAUCGGAGAUGAUGCUCGAUUUAACUCCACGUGUCUACAACAGUUAAAUAUUCAGAAUUGUGAUAGCUUGAGGUCCAUGCCCAGUGUAGAUGGGCUAUCCUCUCUUCAAAAAAUUGAAAUACGUUGGUGUGGGCAAUUGAAAAGCAUAGGAGAGGAUUUAUCUAUUGCCACAUGUCUCAAAGAGUUAACUAUAUGGCGGUGCAAUGGUUUGAUGUCCUUACCGAACCUCCAUGGGCUGUCUUCUCUUCAAAAAAUUGAAAUAGGCUGGUGUGGGAAAUUGAAAAGCAUAGGAGAGGAUUUAUCUACUGCCAUGUGUCUCAAAGAGUUGAUUGUAAGGAAGUGCUAUAGUUUGAUGUCCUUUCCAAACCUCCAUGGGUUGUCCUCUCUUCAAAAAAUUGAAAUAGACAGCUGUGGGCAAUUGAAAAGCAUAGGAGAGGAUUUAUCUACUGCCACGUGUCUCAAAGAGUUAACUAUAUGGCGGUGCAAUGGUUUGAUGUCCUUACCGAACCUCCAUGGGCUGUCCUCUCUGCAAAAAAUUGAAAUACGCUGGUGUGGGCUAAAAAGCAUAGGAGAGGAUUUAUCUACUGUCACGUGUCUCAAAGAGUUGAUUAUAUGGUCGUGCGAUGGUUUGAUGUCCUUUUCGAACCCCCAUGGGUUGUCCUCUCUUCAAAAAAUUGAAAUAAACAACUGUGGGCAAUUGAAAAGCAUAGGAGAGGAUUUAUCUAGUGCCAUGUGUCUCAAAGAGUUAACUAUAUGGCGGUGCAAUGGUUUGAUGUCCUUAUCGAACCUUAAUGGGCUGUCCUCUCUUCAAAAAAUUGAAAUAGGCUGGUGUGGGCAAUUGAAAAGCAUAGGAGAUGAUUUAUCAACUACCACGUGUCUCAAAGAGUUGAUUGUAAGGAAGUGCUAUGGUUUGAUGUCCUUUCCAAACCUCCAUGGGCUGUCCUCUCUUCAAAAAAUUGAAAUAGACAGCUGUAGGCAAUUGAAAAACAUAGGAGAGGAUUUAUCUACUGCCACGUGUCUCAAAGAGUUGAUUGUAAUGGGCUGCUAUGGUUUGAUGUCCUUUCCGAACCUCCACGCUCUUUCAUCUCUUCAGACUUUAUCAAUAAGAGGUUGUGGUGGAUUAAGAAGUUUGCCAAGUGGGUUGCCAUCAUGCACUGCUCUUGAGGAAUUGGAUAUCUCCAACUGUGAUAAUCUAAUCUCUAUUCCAGAUGAUUUGAGGAGGAGCUGGAGCACCCCUAGCCUUGCCUGCCUUGCUCGCUUGAAGAUGCUGACUAUUGGUGGUUUCUCAACAGAGCUCAAGGAAUUUCCAGAUCUGGGCUUCAUCGGAUCUCAUGUUGAAGGAUUGACUUUGAUUGCAUGGGGAGAACCAAGAGAACGUCUACUGGAUCAAAUUCAACACCUAACUGCCCUUAAGUCUCUCGGAAUAAGGGAUUUUGAUGGACUGGAAGCUUUGCCAAAUUGGUUUGGAAACUUAUCCUCUCUUCAAACUCUAUCGAUUUCCAACUGCAAAUCUCUGAAACAUAUGAAAGCCAUCCGAUGCCUCUCCAAAUUAGAAAGCCUUCUUAUUUAUGGAUGCCCUAAGUUAAAGGAAAGAUGCACCAGAGGAAGUGGUUCCGAGUGGGGAAGUGGUUCCGAGUGGGGAAGUGGUUCCGAGUGGGACUGCAUCUCUCACAUUCGAAACAUCCGAAUAGAUCCCAUUGAGGUAUCUUCAGCCUUUAACUAUAUAUAAUAGUAAAUCCUUUUUCUUUAAUUCCCUUGUCUUCUUGAUUGAUUUCAAUUAUGCAUUUACCUUCUUUCAAUCUUUUAGGUACUACUGCUAAAUCUUUUUUAUUUUUUCUAUUUAUUUAUAGUACUUAGCAACUAAAUCCAAAUUUAUUAU